AUGGAAAAUAUAGGAGUCUUAGCUAACGCCCGGUUUAAAACAAAGAAAGAUCUGAAGAGCUCCAAAAGACAUCAUAAAGCACCAGAAAUCAAAACUUUCAAUAAUAGCCGACAGGAAUAUUCUGAUAAGGCAUCUAAAGCGGAUUUCAAGUCUAACUGCAGGUUUAUGGGUGUCCAGAAAGUAAAGACUAAGAAGAAGAGGACUACUAAAAGUAAUGGGCAGAAGGAAUUAAGCAAUGUCUCUCCCGUUAGCAGUUUUAAGAUCACCGCUAGUAAGCUUAGAGCACAAAGUAAUAACCAAAGAGAGGCAAGGGUCGAAGGCUACUGCAAGAGAGCGAGCAUUAGAUCCAAAGCAGGCUCUACUUCGAAUUACUCGAAUAAUGAUUCUUCAAAGGCUUCUUCAUUCAAAAUUCUGAAUAAGAGCAUUCAAAGGAACAAGACGAAGGAAAAGUUGAGCAUAUCUGGCUCAGUCAAGGCUGGAAGGCAAACAAAUGGAUAUAUUUCCUCUAAGAAAAGACUCAAAAUUAAGAAAGGGAAGAUCUGUAAAGAAAAGGAAAAUAUGAGCCAAAAGAUAAACAUUCAUAAUGAACGAGUCAAUGCAGUCAAGUCAUUGAUCAAAUUCAAUAAGAAGAAUGAAAAGUCAGUUGACCUGGCUGGUUCGAAGAAUAAUACCAGCGGUAAUCAGGAAUUUAUAAGCCCGAAUGGAGAGACAGGGAAUAUCAAGAACAUGAUAAAGCUGCAUCUCCCCACUGAGAAGAAGGAUAUGAUGAUGUAUAAGCAGAGUAAAUAAGUUGCAACGGAAUUUUAAUAAAUUACAAGUAGUCUAUAACGUGUCGAAAGAAAGCACCAAUGAUCAGACAUAUAAUAAGUCCAGGGCUAAUUCUAAUGAGGUCAAGAAGAACCACAUAAUGCCAUACCAGAUCUUUAAGGGAUCUAAGAACAGCUCAGUCGUGAAUAAUGGCAGCAAAGGAAGUUCACUCAAUAGGAAACAGAUUAAGCUCAAGACCUCCCAUAAGUCUGGGAAUAAGAGCAAUAGGAACUGUAUCAAAAAUAAAAAGAUUAGCCAGGUGAAUCUUCCUGCAAGAGGGAAAUCUGAGGAACAAAAAUUCGACGAGUUUCUAAUAAAUGAACGAGGGUCUAAAGACAGGACCGGUAUCAGCCAAGAUGAAAUUGAAGAUUUAAUCAGACAGAACAAGUCUCAUUUUAAGAAGACUGGAAAGAUACAUACAACUACUCUUGAGUAUUAUUCUUAUGUCAAAGUUAUUGGAAAAGGAGCUUUUGGAAUCGCCACUCUAGCUAUCCACAAGCUCACUGGGAAAUAUGUCGCCAUAAAGACGAUCAAGAAGAGUUACAUCGUUGAUGAGUAUACUAAGAAGAAGGUCUUUCAAGAAAUCUUCAUCUUGAAGAAGAUUAGGCACUGUAAAGUUAUCCGACUUCUUGAAGUCUUUGAGACCAAGAAGCAUAUCCUCCUUGUUAUGGAGUAUGCAAGUGGAGGAGAUUUGCUACAUUUCGUUAGAAAUGUAGGAAAACUUCCUGAGUAUGACACUAAGCACAUCUUCAGACAAGUCCUGUAUGGCCUUGCUCAUUGCCAUUGAAGAUCAGUGAUGCAUAGAGACAUCAAACUAGAUAAUAUCUUACUUGACAGUAAAAGUAAUAUCAAGUUGUGAGAUUUUGGCAUUGCUAAAAUUAUCGGCAGAGGAGUCAAAGUCCGAGAGCAAUGUGGAACUCCUGCCUAUCUUGCCCCAGAAAUUAUGAAUGAGGAUGGAUAUGAAGCAUUUUAUCCUGACUUUUGGGGAUUAGGAGUUCUUCUGUAUGCUAUGCUAUUCGGGUGUGUGCCUUUUAAAGCUAAUAAUAUGGAUGACUUGCAUCAAUUGAUCCAAAAAGGAGAAAUUACCUUCCCUGAUGACGCCAGUCCUGAAGCCAUUGAGUUAAUAAAAGGACUCAUUGUUGUAGAUCCGAAGAAAAGAUUGUCUAUUCCCCAAAUUCUGGAUAGUCCAUGGCUCAAAGAGAUCUCUGAAGACUCUGAAGAUUCAGAAGAUGAGAAUAAGGAAGAAGCAGUUGAAGAGAAUAAUCCUUCUACUAAAAAUAAUGAUGACGAGGGUGAGCUUAUCAAAGAAAUAGGAGCCAAUAUUAACUAUGUUAACGUUGACAAUUUAUUCUUUGAUCAAAACUAUUCGACUAAGUUAUCAUAUACAGAUUACUGAAGUAUCACCGAAGACUAUUACACCCAUCACAUAAAUGAGAGUGCGUUAAAGCAGGUAACAAGGAUGGGUUACCCAAGAGAAUUCAUUCUAAACUGAAUAAAUUAUGGAGAGCUGAACCAUGCCACAGCCUCAUACUACCUCCUUGUAAUGGAUUAAUUGUAAGAACCUUUAAAAAUAAA